GUGGCCUCCGAUGGGCGGACAGGUGAGCACUUCCGGCAGCUUCCAGAGCCUGCCGUGCACCACAAAUGCGGACUGGAUGUCGGCACUGUGCCCGGUGCUCUGGGACGUGCCCCUCCACCAGCUCUCCAUCCCAGGAAGCCACGACACCAUGACCUACUGCCUGAACAAGACAUCGCCCGUCUUCCAGACCCAGUCCCAGCUGCUGCAGCUCCUGGGCAAGGUCCUGCCCUGCGUCACCCGCCCCGUGGUGCUCCGGUGGUCUACCACCCAGGUGCUGGGUGUCACGGAGCAGCUAGACGCGGGCGUGCGGUACCUGGACCUGCGGAUCGCGCACAGGCAUGACGGCUCUGAGAAGAACCUGCACUUUGUGCACAUGGUGUACACGACGGCGCUGGUGGAGGACACGCUCACGGAGAUCUCUGAGUGGCUGGAGAGCCACCCCCGGGAGGUGGUCAUCCUGGCCUGCAGGGACUUUGAGGGCAUGACGGACGGCCUGCAUGAGUACCUGGUCACCUGCAUCAGGAACAUCUUUGGGGACAUGCUGUGUCCGCGAGGGGAGGUGCCAACACUAAACCAGAUGUGGUCACGCGGCCAGCAGGUCAUUCUGUCCUACGAGGAGGACAGCGUUGUGAGCCGGCACGCGGAGCUGUGGCCUGGGAUCCCCUACUGGUGGGGCGACCAGGUGAAACCCCAGGAGCUCAUCUGCUACCUGGAAAGCAUGAAGAGCUACGGCCGCCCAGACGGGCUGUUCGUGGCGGGCAUCAACCUGACGGAGAACCUGGCGUACGUCCUCGGGCACCCGACCGAGUCCCUCAGGAAGAUGACACUCCCCAGCCUACCGUAUCUCCGUGCGUGGGUCCGGGAGCAGUGCCCGGGGCCGGGCGCUCAGUGCACCAACAUCAUCGCGGGCGACUUCAUCGGGGCGGACACGUUCGUGGGCGACGUCAUAAGACUCAACGAGAAGCUGCUUCGAUGCUGACCCCUUCUGCAGCUCCUGUGGAGUGCGGGCGGGCAGCGUGCACCCGGGGCGGGCUCCCUGCCUCCCCCUGACGUCAGGGCGUCCCCGGGGGUGGCCCCGGGCCUCCCAGGUCUUUGGCGUUCCUGGGAGGAUUCACGGAACACGCUCACGGUCCACAGUGCUGUGUGCUCGCAACUGAGAGGACGGACGGCCUGGAACCCGGGGUCUGCUCGAGGUUCAGCCCAGGUGGAGCCAUGGCCACCGUGGGGCGUCCCUUCUCCUGCGGCCUUGAGGGCAGCAGGAGGACGUCCUCAUGGCUUCCAGCAGCCGCAUGAGCCUCGUCAUACCGUGUGUGUUGGGUAGGACUGGGCGCGCCGGAAUCCCAGUGAGAAAACCACGGAAACGGAGAAACCUCCUUCUCAUUCUGAUGGCAUCACGGCCUGUGUGUCUCCCCGAGGACCGUGGGCCCUGGGGGCUGGUUUCACUUCAGCUUCUGUGAUGGUAACAGAAGGCCCGUGAGGGACCGUCCGAUGGUGAGGGCUGCUGCACACACUCCCUCCCCCUUCCCAGAGGCCUCCCAUAGCACCGUCUUCGUGGCGGGACGGGGACAUGGGUGUGACCGGCAGGUGUGCCCACGCUGGGGGCUGCCGUGGCGUCCUCGUCCUCGCAACCAGCCCCGGAGCGGCCCGUCUGUGCUGCUCCGACCUCCUGCCAGUGGCCCCCUGGCCCCUCGCGCUGCCCAGUGCGUCAGCCCCGCUGGGUGGCUGCCCUCAACCGUCCCCGAACUUGAGCUUCCUGGUCCCGUCUCUGGUUUCGGCGCCUGUCACUGUUCCCGUCUCCCAGAGCCACGCUGGGCAUUUGUCACUGUUCCCGUAUCCCGGUUCCAUGGUUUCUCAAGGUCUGUCUGUUUCCACUGUGCUCAUGGCGACCAGGACGUUCCCUGUAUCGUCUCAUUUCUCUGUCCCAAGGCUCUGCGUUUGGGGGCCUUGUGGACAGCGGUGAGACGGCCCCUGUCCGGGCUAGCGGAUUCCCACAGACGAACGGCAGACGUGGGAGCACAUGUCUUCCCCAGAAGAGAAGCGCCCCGUCCUCCUUCGCUCACGCAUCGCACGGAUGGGGGAGCGCACGGAGCUCACAGGCGAACCGACUCGCCCGCUCCUUGGACGCAGGGCGGGCUUCGCUGAAGCGAAAUCCCAAUAAAGCGAGUCAGAUGA